CCUAAAUCUCCUUAUUCUCUCUUCUUCUUGAGGCGGUCCUAAUGAAUCCUUAUACAAGGUUUGCAAUUUCUGUUCAUAUCUCGUUUCAUCGUUUUCUCUAUGGUAUUCCUCUGCAAAACCCAACUCUCUACCCAAUCUCAACAACCCACCUCUCUCACAGCGUUUUCUCUCCAACCCAUCACUCAAAUAUUGGAUUUGUAGAUAACAUUCUCUCUCAAAAAAAAUGGAAUUUUCGCCAUCUCUGUUGUCUUAAAUUGAGAGAUUCUGAUUUGGGUAUCUAUUAAACGUUGGAGAGAAGUUCGACCACAAGGGUUUUGAUUUAUGGGUGGGAGAAAGUUGAGUUAUUCGACGAUAAACAGGAUGGGUUUUUCUCAAUUUGUAAAAUUGGGGUCUCAAUGGGUGUCCGGAUGGGAGCUGUCACUCUCCUGGAGAUUUGUCCAGAUGCGAGCAUCAAUCACAUAGGCUCAGGGUUUGGUAUUUCAUCAAAUUCUUCAGAUUCUCGUUUGCAAAUUUUGGGAAUAAAAUUGUGACCGUCAGAUCUGUUUUCAAAGACCCCUUUAUGAACAGGACUAUUGUUCGGUACAUUGGUGUACCGGAAUUCCCCCAAUCCGUCUGGGCCUUUUGAGUUCGGACUCGAUCAAAUUGUUUAUUUUAGGCCAUGGCUAGGGUUUACGGAAAACUGGGAGCGCCUUGUGCGAGCCGAGGGAGCAGCUAUGUAGUGCCGGCCAUGGUAGAACUCCCAGCGACAUCGUCGGUGCUAGUCCGUAACAUGAUCUGAUCUUGAAGGAAGCCGGAGAGAUUCAGACCUAGGAUCCGAAUGACGCCAUAAUCUGUCGGAACUAUAUUUGGAAAUGAAAAGUCUUUGCUACACUGAAGGCCUUGGUUAAGGUCACGAAGGCUCUCAGCAAAGAUGCUGACCCUGAUGGGGUGGGAAGACUUAUAAUGGAGGAGUUGCGCAGAAAUAAAAAGGUUGGUAUUCAGGUAAGAGCUGCUCUGGCUGCGAUUAAACAUACUGAUCACUUCCCUAGACUUCCUGCAGAAUUUGAUAUUUCUGGGCAACGAGAUGCAGGCAUGUUUGAUCUCCUGGAAUGUGUUUGGAUUUUAGAAAAUUGAUGAGAAAGCAAUCAAUGAAGUUUUUUUGAAGAUGCUGGACAACUACAUCAAAUUGUGCAAGUACUUGCAAAUAUGGCUUGUGUGGGAUAGGUCACUUGCUACAGCUUGAUGUUUACCUGUAAAACUUGGUCACUUUGCAUAUCAGUUUCAUGAAUUUCAGUUUCCUUCUUCAGUUUGGAAGCGAUCACUAGGGAAAUAAAACUAUUUUUGGUUUCACUAUAGUUCCUUACAUGGGGUGAAGAUGCGAAUGUCCAUUUCCUUCCUGAAUGCAUUGGCUACAUUUUUCACCAUAUGGCAAAAGAAUUGGAUGCAAUAUUGGACCAUGGAGAAGCAAAUCCCUCUACCAGUUGUAUGACUGAAAAUGGUUCCCUAUCUACUUUGAGCAAAUCAUUUGUCCUAUUUAUGAGACAGUGGCAUCUUAAGGUUUGUCUCCAAUUCAUCUUUUCUAUUGAGAAUUAUGUAUUGUUCCAUGUUUUUUUUGCUUGAAUAGGUACUUGUUUCUUUAGUUUCCUGAAAUUUAUUAGUAGGGGUAUUUGGAAAUUCCUAGAUUUUCUGGGAUUAGGCAGGCUAUAAAUGUUGACCUAUCAAAAAAGAAAAGGGUUUCCUUGGUAUGGCUCAGGCUCUAUCGGCAUAAAAUUUCUUUGUGUAAGGAACCUCACCUUUUUUUGAUUUUGUCUUGUCAAUUACCCAAACAUGAAUUUACGCGCUUGUAUGCUCAACGUGUUAACAAUUUUCAGGAAGGUUCUGCAAGAAACUCAUGAGACACGAGUUCGUUCUAUUUUCAUAUAUAAAUCUUUGUGCUAGUGUUAAUGCAGCAUUGCACUUAGUCAUUGCUUUGUUACUUAAAUUUCCUGCUUGGCAUGCUCUAUCUGAGAUGUAUGAUCAACCAUUCUUCCAAAUUUUGAAGUGGAUUUAUCAGGUUGGUCCUGUUUAGUAUGUAUUUUCAAAAGUUUUUUUUGUAAAUGUUUGACUGCUUAUUCUGAUUUAUCAAUUGAAUAUUGCAGGACCGGUACUGGCGUGUCUACCUCGAGAAUCAGCCUAUCAAGUUCUAAUUGCAAAUGUUCUUUCCGUAACUUUCUUUUGGGUAUGAUUUCUUUGAGCUGUGGAAGGGUUGCUUUUUUUUUUGUAAUUAGGGCUCGCAUGGUUGUUUGGAAAGGGGUUUCGUACUCCAUAAAUUUUUGGCUUUGGACAUCAUUGCUUUCAAAGGUUUUUCUGGUUUCAAAUUGGGGAUAUUUCUCACUGUGAAUUGCCUGAUUAUUAAUUAUUUCAGUUUUUUCGGCUUGCUUGGUCCUCUCGCUUGACGAGAUCUAUAGCUCGACUGUCAAUUUCGACAGGUCAUGGUUACCCCAUGGACCUAAAGGAAAAGGCCUAUCUAUGAUCAAUGUUACCCCGUUUGGUUACUUCAAGGUCCUGAGGUGUCCUCUCCAAAAUCAACCAAUGUUUAACUGUAAAUAUUCUUUUGAUAAAUUCCUUUUGGAUGUGAAAUCUUUGAAAUAGGAAAGGAAUUUGCUUGUGUUGGCUAUAAUUUGGGAUUUUAUGGUCGUUGGUAUAGGAUUCUUUUGGAUAUGAUAUCUUCAUGCAUCUACUUGCAGGUUUUUUCUCGAUUUACUAAUUUACUUAAUAGAUAACUUGGGCUUCUGGCGCGCAGCAUUUAGCUCGUGUUCUUAUAUGUGGCACCUUAUAGCUUUAACUAUUGAUUCAUAAUUGACUUCAUGCAUCCUUGAGUUCUUUACUUGCGGGUUUUUGCUCGAGUUGCAAGUUCAUGAUAGAUUACUCUGGUUUCUAUCUUGUAGCAUUUAGCUGAAAUUCCUCGUUUAUUUUAUGUGGCACCUGACAACUUUUACAGUUGAGUUAGUAAUUGACUUCAUCUGUCCUUGGGUUCUUUGCUUGCGGAUUUUUGCUCGAGUAACGAGUUUACUUGAUGGAUUAUUUGGGCUUCAACCUUGCAACAUUUAGCUUAUGUUCCUAUAUGUGGCACCUUAAGGCUUUAACUGUUGAGUUAUAAUUGACUUCAUGCAUCAUUGAGUUAUUUACUUGCAAGUUUUUGCUUGAGUUACUAGUUUACUUGAUGGAUUACUCGGGUUUCUACCUUACAACAUUUAUCUCAAAUUCCUUUGUUAUUAUAUGUGGUACCUUAUGACUUUUACAGUUUAGUUCGUGAUUGACUUCAUCCGUUCUUGAGUUCUUUGCUUGCGGGUUUUUGCUCGAGUUACAAGUUUACUUGAUGGAUUACUCGGGCUUCUACCUUGCAGCAUUUAGCUCAUAUUCCUAUAUGUGGCACCUUAUCGCUUUAGUUGUUGAGUUCAUAAUUGACUUCAUGCAUCCUUGAGUUCUUUGCUUGUGGAUUUUUGCUUGAGUUACUAGUUUACUUGAUGGAUUACUCGGGUUUCUACAUUGCAGAAUUUAGCUAGAGUUUCUCAAAUUAUUUUAUGUGGCACCUCACGGCUUUUACACAGGAAGGCCUUGAAGGGGAAAUCACCCGAAGAUCACUUACGCAUAGUUCAUGGGAUCUUUCAGCCUCCAAAGACCGUGAACGCCGUGGAUGGCAUCCGGUUACUUGUAAGUUUGCUGAUGCUACUCCCAUGCUUAUUCAAUCUAUAAAGGACAUUGAUAACAUAUAUUAUGAAACCGAAUACGGAAGAGAAUGGUGCAGCAGCAAAGGGAAACCUGCGCCAUGCUUUCUUUUUGCCAGAAAAUUCACCAGGCCUGCUGCUCUACCUCUUCUCAAUAUGUCUGCUUUGGGAGUUCUCAACAAAGCCACACAUAGAUCCUAUCGUUGUACAAUACACUGGAGUGAUUGGAGUGUUCAACUGUCAAGGAGGAGGAGGAUGCAGGGAGUCUAAACACAACCAAUAUUCCUCACAAUGCUCGGUCAAAGUAGAAAUACCGAGACCAACACAAAAGACUUUGAAUGGAGCAACCAAAUGUCCAUUGAAGGAGUCAAAGUCUUGGCAAUGUACUCGUCUAAAUCCAAGAAGCUUCUUCUCUCCAAGCCAUCAGACAACUCCGAGAUAUCGCUGGAAGCCCUUCAAUUUCGAGCUUCACACCGUCUCUCCUGCAACUACCUGGUGGUGCUCUGCAUUCUCUGGUUUAUGAUGAUGAUUCUGUUCAAUUUGGUAUGAAGGGCAGUGGAGAAAUGAAGGUGUUUGCAUCAAAGAAGCCUAGAGCUUGCAUGAUUGAUGGAGAAGAUGUUUGCAUUUGUUGAGAACUAGCUUAGUGUUUAACUAGCUAGUCUUAAUUUUCAAGUGUUGGAGAAAUAAACUAAUGGUGACAUUAAUGAAGUAAUUUAAGGUUUUACUACCA